AGCUAUCGUUGUGGAAUUGAGUCGUAUGCAGCUAUCGAAAUUCUUAAAUUAAGCUGCAGUCCUCCACUUCGUGGACCAUGGCAGCCGUUCGAGAUAAUUAUCAGUCUACUGCUUUCGAGGCUGCAACAGCCAUAUGUGACUUGAACCCGAUAGCUUCUUCAGCUGCACUUAACGAAACAAAGAAUGUGACAUCUGAAGGGCUAGAUUCCGGAUACGCAUCGCAGGCUACCACUCCGGAUAUUACUCCGGUGACUCUUAGGUCAUCUGUCGAUCAUUCUGCCGCAGGCGGGAGAACUCUGUGGUCUCCUCUGCGCAAGCCGAAACAACUCCGAGCGUAUAAUAAGCCGAUUCCUCUAUUGACUUGGGAGCGGUUUUCGGAUCUACGAGAGCAAUAUGCAGAAAGUCUCAACAAAUUUACACGAAGCUUGCCCAGUUACUCCUCGGUUUUGAUGACCUUACAGGUGCUAGGAGAAGAUGAAGAAUCCGCAGAACCUUGGGUUUUUGUUCAAUGCGAUAAAGCUGUGUUCAAAAAAGUUAACAGCUUCUUCAAGAAGCCACUGAUUAAGGUUGAUUUCGAAUCAAAUCAGCCUGACGAUCGCUCUCCUCGGUUACGAGUCCUUGUAUGUCCGCUCAAGCCUAGAUAUCUCGCCAAGAAUGAUCAUGGAUCUCUGCCGGCCAAUUUCUUUCACAUUGAUGAAGAGGCAAUCCUUAUUUUUAGCAGGUCUCCUAUACAUGACACUUUGUGCGGUACCCAGAUAGCGACUGAAAGCUCGUGCAAAGCUACGAUAGGUGGUAUCAUCAAAGUCGUCGACAUCGAGGGGCAAGAAAUGUUCUACGGAAUGAGUGCAGGUCACUUUGUUUCUAAGGGUUUCCAGGAUGAACCAAGUCAGAAUCUCGAUGAUGAAUCCUGUGAAGAAGACUUCCAGUUGGACUUUAGCUCUGUUGACGGCGAAAAUAAAAAGGAGCAUCAAAGUAUCCAGUCUACUUCGAAUGAACUGAUGGGCAGAGUUUCACUAGCAAAUGUAUCAAACCCGUCUGUCAAUUGCGGGAAAAAUCUCGAUUGGUCAUUAAUCAGCAUUAUCAGCCCGAGACUUGCCAUUCUGCCAAACAUCUACAUGGAGAAAUGCAUAUUUGAGAUUGGCCCCCAUGUAUUAGAACCUCCGGAAAUAAAUGUCGGAGUUCUUUUGGCUGGCGAACAUAUCCAAGGAACCAUGUCUACUUUACCAUCUUACUUAAUGGUACCACCAGGCAAUGUACUCAUCCAGACAUAUCUCUUAUCGUGCACUAAUGCGACAGUUCUCCAACCCGGAACCAGCGGAGCCUGGGUAAUCGACGCGAACAGCAACAGGCUUUAUGGCCACGUCGUUGCUUCAGAUGUAUUCAACCGCAUUUACGUCGCGCCAAUUAGCGAUUCUUUCGAGAACAUCAGAAGCCAUCUUUCUGCUGUCUCGGUAACCCUCUGCGAUGUCGAGCCAGCCGAGCCCGGGGAUUGUACAAGUUCCGUGGAUUCUGGGUAUUCGACCAUGAAUAAUUCGCCAGAAGGUACAUCAAGGCAGGAUCCCUUACACGUUCUGGAGUACGCUCCGCGGAAAGAACGACGAUUAGAUAGAGAUUGAUUCAUACCCGCACAUAUCUUCUCAAAUCAAUAUACCAGUUACAAGGGAUAUAGAGUAUAUAAAUGUCCUUUGCAGCAUUUAAUGUCAGAAAGCGAGAUUUGCAUGAAAAUUGACUUUCCUCCACAGCCGAUUUUCCUUAGCGUGGCUGCCUUUCCUUUCUAUAUCUGCA